CUCAAAGAGCUUGUUGCCUGAUCGGAUGAAGUGUUGAGGUAAAAUCUGAGUGAUUAGCCUUCUACCUCCUCUAACAACAGAAGGGGAUUAAAGCUGCUUUCAGUGAGUAAUUAUGAUAAAGCAACACGUCAGCAGUAUAUAUCCACCCAGUUUCCACCAGAGGGAUGUGGAGGGAAGUCCUGCAAGCUGUGAGGACCUCAGGCUCAGACGUGGAGAGAGACAGACCCAGGAAUAGGAGGAAACAGGAAUAUCUCUCCUCCUGAGUCAGUGCCACGACGCUGCAGCUCCACCAGCACCAUCACCACCUCCACCAGCAGGGCUGCCUCUGCUCCAUAAUAAGCAUCCUAUGCUAUUCUGCUCAAGAUGGCGGUGCAGGCAGCGGAAAAGGACGGAAUAGUGUUGAAGAACGUGGAAGAUGACCACCUGAACAACUCGCUGGGGAACCCCGGCCUCAUCUCACCUGACAAGGAGGAUAUCUCUCGUCUGCUGACGGUGCCAUUCUGUGGGCGCAUCCGGGGAGGCAUGCGGCCAGGGAAGAAGAUCAUAGUGAUGGGCAUUGUUGAAUUGGAGCCAGACCGCUUUGACGUGAGUCUGUCCUGCGGCCGUGACUCGGAGAAGGAUGACACCCCGCACGACGUGGCCCUGAAACUCACCGCCCGCUUCACCGACCGCCAGUUCAUGCGCAGCGCCCGCAUCUCUGGGAAGUGGACGGCGGAGGAGGCGUCCACCGCCUACUUUCCCUUCAUCCCCGAUCAGCCUUUUAGGAUUGAGAUCCACUGCGAGCACCAGAGGUUCCGGAUAUUCGUGGACGGACACCAGCUCUUUGACUUUUAUCACAAAGUAAAAUCGUUCAUCUCCAUCGACACGGUACAGAUACAAGGAGAUCUACAGAUCACCAAGCUGGGUUAACGUCCCGCUCCUCCCGCUCUGCAAGUCGUGUGUGACGCAAGGACUUGACCACAGAUGACCACACACACACACACACACACGCCUGUUACGUCAUCAUCCAUAACCCAUCAUGCAACAGGGCAGCAGCAUAACAACUGGGACAAGGCUCCGGCGGUGACAAGUUAGUUCUUCUGCUAUGUUUUCAUUCACUUCUCUCCAUUUCCUUUCUGUUGAACCAGGAUCUGAUGUGGUGAUGCUUUGAGGGCGAAUGUGUUUUUUCUCUUUGUAGCUCCGGUUUUGUCAGAUCAGGGAUCUCACGGCUUAUUAAUAGCACAUUCAUUUUUUAUGUGGAGGGAUGCUGAGGUAGAAGCAGGUGUGGAGUGCUUUCAAGGAUGAAAAAUUACUCAGAUGUUACAGAGAGGCGAAGUCCCGCCCCCUUCCGGUGGACCACCGUGGGACCUUAUUUCAGAAAAGAUAUGAACGGAAGUCAACGAGGAGAGACAAAUAAUUAUUUAUAUGCGAUUUAAAAGAUCAUUUUGCAAGUCAAGAAAGUUUCAGUUUGAGAACGGUUUCACACAAAACUAAAUGAUCAUGAUGUGUGAUUCGUGGCGCAAUUCAAAAUAUUUGUCUCCCACCGUUGACUACUGUACAUAUUUUUUCCGGAAUAAGGUCCCAUAGUGGUCCACCGGAAGGGGAGGGACUUCGCCUUUCUAUAGAAAUCAGUUACUCAGGAACAAAUAUCUGACUCUGAGCAGCUAAUAUGAAAGCAAAAUGUUUAUGGGUGAAAAUCAUCAAAUGUGGUGACUGAUUAAAUGUUUUAAUUCUGCAACUUUUCCAAAAACCUUUUGGUUAAACUGGAAAAUGCAUGAUCAAAUCUGCUGUAAAAUUCUGCAGUAUUGUUAAGAUAUUUAAUCUGAGCCUUGACUAAUUCCCACAAGGGCUGAAACAUGAUUUUCAUAUCUGAUAAAACUGUUUUAAAAGCAGAAAUGUUGCAGGUUGUUUGACGCUUUCAGAUUUGAUUUCACUCCAGCUGCAGAUAUCUUCUGAAACUCAAAUCUUCUGAUCGCACCAGAGCGCACAGUAUUACACGCUGUUUUCUCUGUGCUGAUGUAUCUCUGUAACUCCCUUGGCACUCCCUGCCCUCCCUUGGGCUUAUCCCAGUUGUCACGGUAACACGUUGCAGUCUCACCGACCUAAAUCCCCCAAAAUGAGGAUUAUAUCAUGACGAGAUGGCGCAGGGGAAGCGUCCCGUACUGUAGACGGCGUGUGUUGGUAGUUUUUAGCCAUUUCUCCUGUAGAUAGAAAAGUCCUGUGUGCUGAACAGGAAGUAGAAUUAUGUCUGUUUAGUGGACAAGGAGAGAGGAGAAACUGCUUUUAAAUGGAAAUUGGCUCUCUGCUGUCACACUCGCAGAAUUUGUUUCAUGCAAACCUCAUCUGAAUUGUACACUAAACCAAUAUGCAAAAAAAAAAUCCCCCUCUUCAGAACAUAUUUAGAAGAAACUGCUGUCGAAGUGUGGAAAACUAAACUCAAACUUCAGUCACAAGCAGCAGGGUCAGAUCCUGGUGGUAUUUUGAAUGUAUAAUAUUCAUGUUUCUAUAGUAGCAUAGGAGAUAUAGUGAUGCACAAAAUGAUUACUUACUGUCACAGUUUUUUGGUGGUAUGGCUGGUGCUGUUAUAGUCCACUUUCAGUCCUACGGUAUGUGUUUUUAAGUGUUUCCUGAAUCAUUCCACUGAGACAAGAUAGACGUUAUAAAAGAGGUGCAUCCUUG